GUCGCCGGAAGCUGCCCAGUCAGCAGCCUCUUCCGUGUCCCCCUUUGGUCUCUCACUUUCCAAAUUCUUUUCUUUCCAUUCUGUAAGUCGGAACAGGGCAAUGGGGCACAAUGCAUAUUUUUGGAAGAAAGUGUAUCUUCAUGAACAACUUAAAUGACCCCCCGAAUUGGAACAUCCGCCCUGACUCCAGGGCUGAUGGGGGUGAUGGCAGCAGAUGGAAUUAUGCCCUGUUGGUUCCCAUGCUGGGACUGGCGGCUUUUCGUUGGAUUUGGUCUCGGGAGUCACAAAAGGAGAUAGAAAAGGAGAGAGAAGCCUAUCGCCAGAGAACAGCAGCUUUCCAGCGCGAACUGGAGGCCCAGUACCAUGCUGUCAUCUCUGAGAAUCGGCGUGCUGUGGCCCAGCUGUCCUUGGAACUGGAAAAGGAGCAAAACAGGACAGCAAGUUAUCGAGAAGCCCUUAUCUCUCAGGGCCGCAAGCUGGUAGAGGAAAAGAAGCUUCUGGAACAGGAGCGGGCUCAGGUCCUGAAAGAAAAGAGACAGUUGCAGCCACUGAGAAGUGCGUAUCUGCACUACCUGGCGCAGGAGGAUGACUGGCAGCGGCGUGCCCAGCUCCUGCUCAGGGAGUUUGAAGCCGCACUCACAGAGCGACAGAACAUCUACUGCAGCCUGCUGCUCCCCCGAAACAAGCGACUGGAGAUCGAGAAGAAUCUGCUUGUCCGUGCAGCCACUGACCCGGUUGCUACUGAGCUGGACGUUGCUACUGGCCUGACUGACAUAUUUAAGCACGACACGUAUUGUGGUGAUGUCUGGAACACCAACAAACGCCGGAAUGGGAGACUUAUGUGGCUGUAUCUCAAGUAUUGGGAACUAAUUGUUGAACUGAACAAGUUUAAGAGAGUAGAGAAAGUCAUUUUAGAGAAGUGAGAGAUUCUGAGCUGAAACCUCAGUGAUCAACGGUGGUGUCAUGCUUACCGCCCCACGUCUACCCUGUUCCCUCAAGUGCUGUUCACACGGACCUGCCACCACCCAGCACCUUCCCCAGAGCCCCCUGACUCUUGCAUAGAAGGACAAUGACCGUGAGGUGGCAGGAGGCUGGAGCUCCUUGUGAGGUUCUUCAGCUCUGAGGGUGCAGUUUCCAGAAGCAUGUCUUGAGUUGCCCAUAUUUCACCAUGCAGAGCAGGAUAACCUCCUGUCUCAACUCUAAAACUGGAGAAAGUCAAGUGCAGUCUCAUCCCUCACUGUAACUUCUUGUUUCAUCCCUCCCUAAAUAAGUUUUGUUUACUUAAAGCAUUUUUCUCCUAAAUAAAAUCUAGAAGUUGUGGGUGAUGGACAGGACUGCCUGAUGUGUCAGCAGUCAUUGUGACGUCUCAGAACUAUACCACCGAGGGAGGGAAGGGCCGGAUGUGCUUCCCUCUGACUCAAGUCUAUAUUCUCAGUUGUAUUCUGUAUUUUGGUGUGUAUUCUGACAGCACAGCACAAUAAAUUUAUCUCCCAUCCAUA